CGACAAGAGCCCCAGUCAGCUUAAAUGCUUACAUAGGACGAAGAUGAAAAGGAAAACUGAAAAGAAGCGAGGCUAGCUGACAGGGGACUAGCUUAAAGAGACCUAGCUGACAAGGUUUUUUCCUUUCGGUCGAGCUCUUGAAGUACCUAAAGGCUUACUCGAUAGAGUAAGAAGUUAAGUUGUUUUAUUCAAAUCACACCUAUACGAGUAUCAAAGGACCUAUCAGAGAGUCUGUCAAUAGAGUGAGAUAGCGAUUGAUUCAUUGUCCAGCUAUAGGGAUCAUGCCAUGUGAAAAAGCCAUUUCGAGAGUCGUCAAGUGAUAAACCUCAUUGCCUAUUUAUAUAAGGGCCUCUCUAUACUUUAACUCUUUCAGAGCCUUGUUCGCUUGGCUUAAAAGCUCCUUUCGUAUAUAAAAAAGGGUGGGAAAGCAUGAAUUGUUUGAUGUUUUUCCGCUGUUGAAUCCAAAAUAGAUGUGAACAUCUUUAAAUCACUUCUAAUAAAGGAGUACCCUUAGGGGCAUGCUCUCCAAUUCGCAUGAUGAGUAUCAAUUCAAGUACCACCAAAUCAGCAUUCUUCUUAUUUUUUAUUCUCUUUUUUCUUUUGUUUUCGCAUUACUGCCAAUCAGUAUAGUUCCAAGCCCCAUUGUGACCUAGGAUUCAUUCGUAUCUUACUUGGGAUUCGCCAGAGCGAUAGUUCUUCGAAAGACGUGAACCACGAGUGGUGAUGGUGGCUGGUUCAUCCUCAAGGCGAGAAGGAAUAAAGAAUCGGCCCACCUUUCCAUAUCGAGGACCAGCUCUUCCACACCGAGAUACUAUCAUGUUAGUCAAGCUUUGGUAUGUUCAGCUCGAUUGUCUUGAUGUUCUAAGCAUACCAGGCUUCCCUUCCGGUUCAGGUAAAAUUUGAAUCACAGAAAGCGCCUUUCGGGUGCCUGCUUGAGGCUGAUGCGUAUGCAGCGGCAUCUGUAUUUUCGCAUGUGGUACACAUAGAAAGUAUUGCAGAGACGGGCUGGCUAGACUCUUAUCGAAAUUUCGUAUAGUAUAGAAAGAUGUUUAUGGUCUAUCUGAUACUUAUCUAUCUAGUACGAUCGAUCUAGUCAUUCAGUCUCUUCGCCAGGUCUUUAUGGAAUUCUAUUCUAUUAGAGCAGGUCGGUCUAGGUGGUUGAUAUUGCUCCUGAUAAAUCUGUUCUUUCGUUUGUGCAUCUUUCUCCCAUGCUUUCCGUUGGUUAACAACCAACCACAGCUCUCUAUAGUUCUUUACUACUCGUACAGGCUUGACGGAGUUAAGCUGUCUGGAGGGAAUCAUUUUUUCUCAAUCAAUCAUGCCUCAACUGGAUAAAUUCACUUAUUUUACACAAUUCUUCUGGUCAUGCCUUUUCCUCUUUACUUUCUAUAUUUCCAUAUGCAAUGAUGGAGAUGGAGUACUUGGGAUCAGUAGAAUUCUAAAACUACGGAACCAAGUGGUUUCACACCGCGAUAAAAACAUUCGGAGCAAUGACCCCAAGAGUUUUGAAGAUAUCUUGAGAAAAAGUUUGAGCACCGUUGUAUCCUAUAUGUACUCCAGUUUAUUCGAUGUAUCCCAAUGGUGUAAGGCCGUCGACUUAUUGGGAAAAAGGAGGAAAAAAACUUCUUUCUCUUCUUUCUCCGAAAUAAGUGGCUCACGAGGAAUGGAAAGAAACAUAUUCUAUUUAAUUUCGAAGUCCUCAUAUAGCACUUCUUCCAAUCCUGAAUGGGGGAUCACUUGUAGGAAUGACAUAAUGCUAAUCCAUGUUCCACACGGCCAAAGAAACAUCGUUUUUUAAGUAAAAAAAAAAGUCCUCCCCUUAGUUUAGCUGUGGUAGUGGUUCUUUGCUUGCAUCCUUCGAAGACAUCACCGAUAUUAUCAUAUAUCAA